AGGUGAGGAGGAACGAGAGGAGGAGCUGGGGGAGGUGGCGCUGGCGCGGGAGUGCCUGGAGAAGGCUGUUGCCAUGGAGAGGGGCAAGGAGCUGGGGGAGGUGGUGCUGGCCCGGGCGUGCCUGGAGAAGGCUGUUGCUGCGCUGGGGGAGGUGGUGCUGGCCCGCGAGGUGGUGCUGGCCCGGGAGGCUGUUGCUGUGGAGAGGGGGCAGAUCGCCAAGGAGGGCAAAAAAAGUGAGGAGGGAGGUAGUGCUGACACGAACGUGCCUGGAAAAGGCUGUUGUGGUGGAGAGGUGAGGAGGGUGAGAGAGAGGGGACGCAAUGGCUGGGCUGGGGAGGAGAUGGUUGAGAGGAAGGCACAAGGGGCUGGGGUAAGUGAUUAUGGUUUUAAGUCGACUCAAAACGCGUCACAAGGAGUUGGGAGAGGGGGUGCUGUGCUGGCCUGGAAGUGCCUGGAAGAGGCUGUUGCAGUGGAGAGAGAUCUGGAGAACUAUCACAAGCUCGCUCUGCUGCACAUGCACACAGGCAAGCCCAGGCAAGCUCUGGAGGUGGCAGGGGAGGGGCUUCAGCUCUUCCCUCAGAGCACCAAUCUGCACUACCUUUCUGCCUCCGCCCACCACGCCCUCGCUAACUUCUCGGCUGCUGCACGGCACUACAGCACGGUGCUGGCUCUGGGAGGGCGGUCGCAGGAGGAGAACGCGCAGCUGUACCACAACCUUGCCUUCUACCAGAGGGAGGUAGCGGCCUACACGCGUGCGUCUCUCGCCCGUCCCUUCACAGCGUUCAGCAUCGAUUCUCACCUGCACUCCGCCCUGCUGGAAGCAUGGAUGAGAAAAGAGCCUCACCAGCUGCUGCCCCCCUCUGUUGUCCGAUACACAACCGAGAAACAGCUCCGGCAGCAACAAAAGCAGCGCCAGCAGCAGGAGCAGGAGGCAGAGCUAUCAGAGGAGGCAUUGGCUCUGGUGGAGAAAGCAGACGAGCUGGGGCCUCGAGCCAUGUACCGUGUGGGGGGCUUCCUGCACGACCCACGCAAGCUGCGCAUGGCGGGGCUAGCAGCGAUGGACGUGAUGCAGCGGCUGCGCAUGGCGGGGCUAGCAGCGCUGGACGUGAUGCAGCGGGCCAGCAGCGCGUGGCAGGCCAUGCUGGAGCAGGAGGAGGAGGAGGAGGAGGAGGAGGAGGAGGAGGAGGAGGAGGAGGAGGAGGAGGAGGAGGAGGAGGAGGAGGAGGAGCAGUCCGAGGGGGAUAGCAGCAGGGGUAGUGAGGACGGCAGCACGGAGGGAAGCAGUGGCGAAAGCGGGCAGGGCGAGCAGCAGCAGGAGGAGGAGGAGGAGAAGAGGAGUUGGGCGAGGAGAGGGGGAUGGAGAGACACGUUCCAGGCGAUUGUGCAGUGGAGGCAGAUUGCCGACCCUAUAGACUCUGUCACUUGGAUCCAAGACAACAAGGAGAGCUACGGCAGUCACGUGGCGGCAACGCCUAUAGUGGAUGGGCAGAUGGACAACUUCAAGUACUUUCAGUUCCAUGACAGGUGCGUGGAUGCGUGGGUUCAAGGGUGCAUGGUGGAUGGUUCGUGUUGUAUCGGUGAAUAUGAGUGCAUGGUGGAUGGUGCAUGGUGGAUGGUGCAUGGUGGAUGGUGCAUGGUGGAUGGGCAGAUGGACAACUACAAGUACUUUCAGUUCCAUGACAGGGCCUUUGCCCUGAUAAAGGACCGGCUACUCACCACACGCUCAGCAACAGCAGCCUCUGGCGCCCCCAGCAUACCCCUCUCUGCCUCCGUUCUUAAGAAGGUGCGGAAAGCAGCAGGGCUGAGAGAGCUACAUGCAGCAGUGGGGAGGGACUUCUACGUCCAACUGCCAUGCCACAGCCAAGCCCACCCAGGACACCCCCUUAUCCAUUCCGUCAUCUGUGGCAUGUGUUGGAUUCACCCCUUUAUCUCUCUGCAUGCACCCACCACCACCACAUCUCAUUUGCUCUUCGAACCUGAUUUACUUUCCCCCGCUCCCCCGUGCCUCAACAUGCCACAGCAAGGAUAUUGGCCCCUAACCCCCACUCGCUCAUGCAGUCCUAUUCCUCUCCCUCACCACAUGGAUAUGCUUCCUUUCUCACUUGCCCUCCACCUCUCCACAACCCCUCCCCUUCUCCAAAACCCCCUCCCCUUCUCCAAAACCCCCUCCCCUUCUCCAAAACCCCCUCCCCUUCUCCAAAACCCCCUUUCCUUCUCCAAAACCCCCUCCCCUUCUCCAAAACCCCCUCCCCUUCUCCAAAACCCCCUCCCCUUCUCCAAAACCCUCUCCCCUUCUCCAAAACCCCCUCCCCUUCUCCAAAACCCCCUCCCCUUCUCCAAAACCCCCUCCCCUUCUCCAAAACCCCCUCCCCUUCUCCAAAACCCCCUCCCCUUCUCCAAAACCCCCUCCCCUUCUCCAAAACCCCCUCCCCUUCUCCAAAACCCCCUCCCCUUCUCCAAAACCCCCUUCCCUUCUCCCCAACCCCCUUCCCUUCUCCCCAACCCCCUCCCCCUCAACCCUCGCUUUACCCCUUCUCCUCACCCCUCCCCUCGCCCCUCUCUACCCACAAUCGUUCUCCCUGACUACGCCUCUUCUCUCUGCCCGGCUCUGCCCCUCGUGUGUGUCGGUGCAGCCCCCCUGGGUUUGUGUUUGCCAUUCGCAUCGGCCUCUCGCCACAGCGAUGGAAGGACUUCCAUUCUGAGAUGGACGCAGCCUGGCAGGUACAGUACGCUCAGGGGGGCACUAGGAACAGCAGUCGUGGAGGCGAGGAGAACACAGGGAGCAGCAGGAGGGGCAGGCGCAGGCAGCGACACACAAAAGUACCACCUGUUGCCGCUGUCAAGAGGGUCCGCCAUGGUACCACCUGUUGCCGCUGUAAAGAGGGUCCGCCAUGGUGGGGUGGAUCUUGGUGCUGGUGGCUUGCACACCACUUUUUCUCCCCUUGUCACCCAUUCCCCCCUCUCCUCCGUUUCCCCCCUUCCCUCUUCCCCCCCGUCCCCCGACCCCCGCAGGUACCACCUGUCGCCUCUUUCAAGGGGAUCAGCCAUGGUGGGGUGGGUCUCCCUGCUGGGUCUAUCCAUUGCUGCUGGCUGGCACACCACAUUUUCCCCCUUUCCCCCAAUCCCCCCUUCCCUCUUUCCCCCCCCUUUCCCCCAAUCCCCCCUUCCCUCUUUCCCCCCCCCCUUCCCCCAAUCCCCCCUUCCCUCUUUCCCCCCCCCCCUUCCCCCAAUCCCCCCUUCCCUCUUGUCCCCCCUUUCCCCCAUCCCCCGCAGGUACCACCUGUCGCCGCUGUCAAGGGGAUCCGCAAUGGUGGGGUGGGUCUCGGUGCUGGGUCUAUCCAUGGCUGCUGGCUUGCACACCACUGCGCUUGUUCCCGAGGGCAUGCAGGUGAGACGAUGUGAGAUGAGGCGUGCAGGUGAGAUGAGGCGUGCAGGUGAGAUGAGGCGUGCAGGUGAGGUGAGGCGUGCAGGUGAGGUGGACUGGGAGGCCAUGCUAGUCCCCGACUCAGCAGCAUUCAAUGCCACCAUUGCUUCCUGGCUCUUCUCCUCCGCGCAACAGCCACCUUGGGACCUUCCCAAUGUGCACCAUGCCCUUCCCACCACUCACCACGUGCUUGCUGCCCUCAACCUGUAG